GUUUGGGAACAGCGCCUCACGGCACCCGUAGCCGCAUCCCAGAUCCAGCGCCGCCGCUGCUGUCACAACAAGAGAAAGAGGAUAAUAACUUAUUAGUCCGCUGAAGAACAAUAAUCCUCCCCGUACAGACUCCGAGCCGCUAACAAUUUAUUUCAAAAUGUCUGACAAAAGUGAGCUGAAAGCGGAGUUAGAAAGAAAGAAGCAACGUCUGGCCCAGAUCAGAGAGGAGAAGAAGAGGAAAGAGGAAGAGCGCAAGAAAAAAGAGCUGGAUGGAAGAAAGGAAGGAGCGUCUCCCCCACAGGAAGACUCUGAUCUGGAGAGAAAGAGGAGGGAGGCAGAGGCUCUGUUACAGAGCAUGGGGAUCACAGAUGCCUCCAUGGUUCAGCCUCUGCGUGUGGUAACAGAGGAUACGUGUCUGUUUCACUAUUUAGUCCCCCCUCCCAUGUCCCCUUCUGCCAAAUCAGUGGGAACCCCAAGUGAGACGGGCAGCCAGGACUCCGGAGACGGCGGGACGGGCCCGAGGACUCUUCACUGGGACUCUGAUCCUUCUACUCUACUGCUCCAUUCAGACUCUCAGCUCGGACGUGGCCCGCUUAAGUUGGGCAUGUCGAAGGUCACACAGGUGGACUUUCCUCCUAAAGAGAUGGUGUCGUACUCAAAAGAGACCCAGACACCCACACAGACUCAUCACAAAGAGGAUGAAGAGGAGGAGGAAGAUUUGGCUGUGAUGCAGCCUGUAAUGGAGCCUCAAGAGGAGAAAGACUCUCAGAAAGAAGAAGAUGAAGCGUCUCCUCAUGAGCUGACGGAAGAAGAGAAACAGCAGAUUCUUCACUCGGAGGAGUUCGUGACGUUCUUCGACCACAGCUCUCGCAUCAUGGAGCGCGCUCUGUCUGAGCAGGUGGACGUGUUCUUCGACUACAGCGGACGAGACCUGCAGGAUAAAGAGGGGGAGUCUCAGGCUGGAGCCAAACUUUCGCUGAACAGACAGUUUGCGGACGAGCGCUGGUCUAAACACCGAGUGGUCACCUGUCUCGACUGGUCUCCACAGUACCCAGAGCUGCUGGUGGCCUCAUACUGCAGUAAUGAAGAAGCUCCACAUGAGCCGGAUGGCGUUGCUCUCGUCUGGAACAUGAAAUAUAAGAAAACCACACCAGAAUAUGUCUUCCACUGCCAGUCUGCAGUGAUGUCAGCAGCGUUUGCGCAGUUUCAUCCUAAUCUGGUGGUUGGAGGCACAUACUCGGGUCAGAUCGUAUUGUGGGACAACCGGAGUAACAAACGCACCCCAGUGCAGAGGACACCACUCUCAGCCUCGGCUCAUACGCACCCAGUGUACUGUGUGAAUGUGGUGGGGACGCAGAACGCACACAAUCUCAUCAGCAUCUCCACUGAUGGCAAGAUGUGCUCCUGGAGUCUGGACAUGCUGUCUACACCACAGGACAGCCUGGAGCUCGUCUUCAAGCAGUCUAAGUCAGUAGCUGUGACCUCAAUGUCGUUUCCUUUGGGUGACGUCAAUAAUUUUGUGGUGGGGAGUGAGGAUGGGUCUGUCUACACGGCGUGUCGACACGGCAGUAAAGCGGGCAUCAGUGAGAUGUUUGAGGGUCAUCAUGGACCAAUCACAGGCCUGGACUGCCACACAGCAGCAGGACCGGUCGACUUCUCUCACCUGUUCGUCACUUCCUCUUUCGACUGGACUGUUAAACUCUGGAGCACAAAGAACAACAAGCCUCUGUACUCUUUCGAGGAUAACUCAGAUUACGUGUAUGAUGUGAUGUGGUCUCCCACUCACCCGGCUCUGUUCGCCUGUGUGGACGGCGUCGGCCAUUUGGACCUGUGGAACCUCAACAAUGAAACCGAGGUUCCUACAGCCAGUGUGACGGUGGAAGGAAACCCUGCACUGAACCGUGUGCGCUGGGCUCAUUCAGGAAGAGAGGUGGCUGUCGGAGACUCUGAGGGUCAGCUGCACAUUUAUGAUGUCGGAGAGCAAAUCUCGGUGCCGCGUCAGGACGAGUGGACUCGGUUUGUGCGAACGCUCACCGAGAUCAACGAGAACCGCGAGGACGUAGAGGAACUGGCUGCUCAGCGAUUGGCUGCAUGAUCACCAUUGCAACCCCCUGGUGACCAAUGAUGUUUCCUCCGCAUUUGCAUAUCUCCACCCUCUCUGAAGUUAUAUUUAGUGUUACUGGAUGACAAUCUAGGGCUCUUUUAAUUCUGAAGGUGUAACGAUUUCAGAGUGCAAGACUUUGGUAUUAAUAUAUUAAGCACUUAGUCAAAUUUGGGCGCAAAAUUCAUACUGGGAUGGAACGGUUAACGUGGAUUAAAUAAAAUAGGAAUAAUGCCUUUUUUAAAAAUCUAUUUAUAGGAUUAGAGGCUGAUUUGAAAAACAGCGAUUCGUUCAUUAAUGCUACGAAUAAGCAAAGAGUUGUACAGGAUCUUUAUAAACACUGACGCAACCUAGAACAACAGGGAUUUUUUAGGAGGUGGAAUAUUUUUAACAUUCAAACCUGAACAUUAUUGGAUUAUUUAUAGCUUUUUAACAAAUGCUUUUCAUUUUUAGCUCAUAAUGACUGAAGGUGUAAAACACAGAGCACACUUUCCAACUGAAUGCCUUAAAGCAAACCUUAACACUCACAUACAUUCACAUGUAUCUGCAAUCUUCCACCACACAUGCAUUAUAGCCUAUUGGUGCUUAUUUAUUCCGGAGCUUUAGACUGAAAAAAGCUUUUCUUUUUUGCCUUUUGUUGUUUAUAAAAAACCCCGUUGGGAAAAUAAGUGGUCAUUUGAUUAGCUCUUCAAACAUCUCUGAAUAUUUAGAAUACCUUAGUCAUAUAGUUUGCAUUUGUUUUACUAAUUCAUUUUUUCCUAAAAAGUUUAACCGAGUUGUAACGUGAUCAUAUCUGCAACCUGUUACAUUUAUAUACCCUCACUGGCCACUUUAUUAGGUACACCUGCCCAACUGCUCACCAUGUAAUAAAGAGCGAAUCAUCUCAGGGUGGUUUCUUGAACAUGA